CCGCCAUGUUGUUACAGGGCUCAUUUCGAUGUAUUGCAAGUUUGGGGAAGUAUUGGUGGCUGAAGAGUUGUUUAGGGAGAUGGAUUGGGUUGAUGUGGUUUCAAUGAAUGCUAUGAUUUCCGGGUAUUCUUCGAAUGGGUAUGUUGAGGAUGCGGUUGGGGUGUUUAAGGAAUUGAUUGGCUCAGGUGGGAAGCCUAAUCCGAGCACUUUUGUGGGUUUGAUCCCGGUGUUUUCGCCAUUUGGGCAUGAGUCUCUUUCUAGAUGCAUUCAUGGGUUUAUUUUGAAAUCUGGGUUUGAUCGGAAUUCGAGUGUAUCCACUGCUAUCACCACUGUUUACAUUAGAUUGAAUGAUAUGGAGGCAGCUAGGAUGGCAUUUGAUGUGAUGCCAGAGAAGACCAUGGCAUCAUGGAAUGCUAUGAUAUCGGGGUAUGCUCAAAAUGGCUUGACAGAAAUGGCAAUUAGCCUCUUUCAAGAAAUGCAGUCUCUCAAAGUUCAGCCGAAUCCAGUCACAACAGCGAGCAUCCUUUCUGCCUGUGCUCAACUGGGAGCACUCACGUUGGGGAAAUGGGUUCACCAAAUAAUCAACAGGGAGGGUGUUGAACCUAAUGUCUAUGUAUCGACAGCCCUGAUCGAUAUGUAUGCAAAGUGUGGAAGCAUCGGGGAGGCAAGAAGGAUUUUCGAUGCUAUGAGAGAGAAAAAUGAUGUUUCUUGGAAUGCCAUGAUAAUGGGCUAUGGUCUCCAUGGCCAAGGCCAGGAUGCCGUCAGACUAUUUCAGGAUAUGCUUUCGAGUAAUCAAAUUUGUCCAAAUGGAGUCACGUUUCUCUCGGUCUUGAAUGCUUGUAGCCAUGGGGGUUUGGUUGAGGAGGGUCGAAGAAUUUUUCAUUCUAUGGAUGGUGAUUAUAGGGUUAGACCGGGACCAGAGCAUUAUGCGUGUAUGGUUGACAUGCUUGGCCGAGCUGGGAAGCUCAAAGAGGCAUUGGAGUUUAUAGAGAGAGCUCCAAUUGAUGCAGGCCCUGGUGUUUGGGGUGCCUUGCUCGGUGCUUGCAAGAUUCAUAAAAACACGAGCCUUGCACAAUUGGCCUCGAAAAAGUUAUUUGAGCUCGAACCUGAGAACCCUGGUUACUAUGUUCUUCUAUCAAACAUACACUCAGCUAACAGAAACUAUUCAAAAGCAGCAACGGUCAGGGACGAAGUCAAGAGCCAGAGGAUGACAAAGACACCUGGAUGCACUUUGAUAGAGAUUAACAAUACAAUGUAUACAUUCACCUCUGGUGAUCGAUCACAUCCGCAGAGUGAAGCAAUUUAUGCAAAGUUAGAGGAAAUCACUGGGAAAAUGGUUGAAGCUGGAUACCGGGUUGAGACUGAUGCUGCAUUGUAUGAUGUUGAAGAGGAGGAGAAGGAGAGCAUGGUGAGAGUUCAUAGCGAGAAGCUGGCUAUUGCUUUUGGGCUUAUAAGCACUGAACCGGGCAGCGAGAUUAGGAUCAUCAAGAACUUGAGGGUUUGUUUAGAUUGUCACAAUGCGACGAAAUUUAUAUCAAAGGUUACUGAGAGGGUAAUCGUGGUGAGGGAUGCCAAUAGGUUCCAUCAUUUUAGAGAUGGAGUGUGCUCUUGUGGAGACUAUUGGUGAGAAUAAGCUUAUUUUUUUGUUUCACUUUUGGUUGAAGUACUUUAUUUGAUCAUGGAUUCUUGAGCAUCUUCUGAAUGGUAAGUAGAUCCAAGAUGGAAGUGAUGAUGAUAGUGAGGAUUACAGGAAAUGCAGUUAUAAUUAGGAUAUCAUCAAGGACUCGAGCUAUAAAAGAUUCUUGAGCUGUGUAUUGAUUGUAAUGACGGAAGAAUAAAUGUGUAGUGAAGAGAUCCAAGGGCAUGUAUCUUGGAAUGACAAAGGGUGAAGUUUGUUGGGAAAGAAGUCAGAAGAAGCUAUAUUUUGUAUGAAUGGAAUAAAUUCAAAGGGCUUGAAUUGAACAUGGUUAGCUUAUACAAGACAGGCUACGAAUAGUUGGAUCCAGCGUAAGCUUCCAAGAUUUCUUUCAAAGGUGAUCCCAAGGGAAUGAGAAUGGGGAGUCUAAAUAUGUAUAGCUAGCGGUUCUUCAAUUUUCAGUUCAAGCAGAGUUACCUUAGGCUUCCAAUCUGUAGCAGAGUGGGCAUAAUUCAAAUUUGACAUAAUCACUGUUUUAAUUAGUCAAUUUCCUUGUAACUGUAACACUUAAUAUAUUCAAAACUUUCUUAACUACUGCUUUAAGA